CAACUUGGGCCUGGCAGAAUGGCUCCCGCAAAGAAGGUUGGCGUGAAGAAGGGCCAUUCUGCCAUCAGCGAGGUGGUGACCCAAGAACACACCAUCAACAUUCACAAGCGCAUCCAUGGAGUGGGCUUCAAGAGGCGUGCCCCUAGGGCACUCAAAGAAAUCCGGAAAUUUGCCAUGAAGGAGAUGGGUACUCCAGAUGUGGGCAUUGAUACUAGGCUCAAUAAAGCCGUCUGGGCCAAAGGAAUAAGGAAUGUUCCAUAUCGUAUCCGUGUAUGUUUGUCCAGAAAACGUAAUGAAGAUGAGGACUCACCAAACAAGCUCUACACAUUGGUAACUUACGUACCUGUUACCACAUUCAAAAAUCUACAGACAGUCAAUGUGGAUGAGAACUAAGCUGCAGAGUGUCAAAUAAAGUUGGAGAAUUACCAAAAAA